CGCAAGGAGUAUUUAUUAUACUAUUUUUAGGGUUAAUACGUUCGAAGUAGUCUAGUGUAUGUUGCAAUAUAAGUAUUAAAUUAUUAUACUUUUAUAACUACUAACGUAGUAUUAAAGUAUAUUAGUAACUUAACAUCUUACUCUUACUUAGUGACACGUUAACAAAAUAAUGGAGAAGUCAAGAAGCGCUGAAUUAUUAGAGUCGAAUACUGCAUCUCGAUCAAGACAUGCAAGCUCGGAUUCAUUGGGAGAAUCUGAAUCAAAAUCUAGUUCUUUGAAUUCUAAACUGGGAGUGGAAUCUGGUGGAAGUAGAAGUUCACGAUCAAAAGGUUCUAAUUCGCCAUCAAAAUCACUUUGUUCUACGUCGUCUUCUGCUUCUACAGAUCUACAUCUUCAAGUUCAAGAACUAAAGACAAAACAGAAAGAAUCUCAGUCUGUUCAUAGAGGAGAUGAACCUCCACUGUUGCCUGGAGAAGUCAUCCCAGGGAACUUGCGAGCCCGUGAUGUGACCUACUUGUGUCCUUACAUUGGUCCUGUUCGUGGAACAUUAUAUGUAACAAAUUAUAAAUUGUACUUUAAAGCAUCAGGGUCAGAAAGGGAUUCUGCAUAUUUUUGUGAUGUUCCCUUGGGUGUUGUUAGUCGUAUUGAGAAAGUAGGUGGAGCCACAAGUCGUGGGGAGAAUUCUUAUGGUAUUGAAUUAUUCUGCAAAGAUAUGAGGAAUUUGAGAUUUGCCCACAAACAAGAAAACCAUUCUCGGAGGGAUGUGUUUGAAAAACUACAACAGUAUGCCUUUCCUGUUUCUAAUAAAUUGCCAAUAUUUGCUUUUGAAUUUCAAGAAAAAUAUCCUGUGAAUGGUUGGACUGUUUAUGAACCUAUUGCUGAAUACAAAAGACAGGGGCUACCAACAGAAAGCUGGAAAAUAACAAAAAUCAAUGAAAACUAUGAGCUUUGUGAUACUUACCCAGCAAUUCUUGCAGUUCCUGCAGCAGCUACAGAUGAUGACUUACGUUCAGUAGCAAACUUUAGAAGCAGAGGAAGGAUUCCUGUACUUUCAUGGAUCCAUCCAGAGAGCCAAGCUACUAUCACUCGUUGUAGUCAGCCUCAGGUAGGAGUAAGUGGAAAGCGAAGUAAAGAUGAUGAACGAUAUAUUCAAAUGAUUAUGGAUGCUAAUGCACAGUCUCACAAGAUAUUCAUUAUGGAUGCACGACCUAGUGUGAAUGCAGUUGCCAACAAGGCUAAAGGUGGUGGUUAUGAAAGUGAAGAUGCUUACCAAAAUGCAGAGCUUGUUUUUCUAGACAUUCACAAUAUUCAUGUAAUGCGUGAAAGCCUCCGUAAGUUGAAAGAAGUUUGUUUUCCCUCUAUUGAUGAAUAUCGGUGGUUAUCUAACUUGGAAGCGACUCACUGGCUGGAACAUGUCCGAUGUAUUCUAGCAGGUGCUUUGCGAGUUGCUGACAAAGUAGAGAGUAACAAGACAUCAGUUGUUGUACACUGCAGUGAUGGCUGGGAUAGAACAGCACAGUUGACCAGUCUAGCAAUGCUUAUGCUUGACCCACACUACAGAACUAUCAAAGGCUUUGAAGUUCUCAUAGAAAAAGAAUGGAUUAGUUUUGGACACAAGUUUGCACAGCGUAUUGGUCAUGGAGAUGACAAACAUUCUGAUGCAGACAGAUCCCCAGUUUUCCUGCAAUUUAUAGAUUGUGCUUGGCAAAUUACACAGCAGUUUCCAAAUGCUUUUGAAUUCAAUGAACACUUCUUAAUAACAAUUUUGGACCACCUCUACAGUUGCUUAUUUGGAACUUUUCUUUAUAACACUGAGCAACAACGAGUAAAAGAGGAUGUGAAAAACAAAACUGUUUCUCUGUGGUCCUUCAUUAAUAGCAACAUUGAAGAUUUUACAAAUCCUUUGUAUACCACAUAUAGACAGCAGCAUGUUCUAUUUCCAGUUGCUAGCAUGAGACGGCUCCAGUUAUGGAAGAGUUACUACUGUCGCUGGAACCCUCGCAUGAGAACACAGGAGCCUAUCCUAAUGAGAAGUCGAGAACUCUUAGCUCUCCGAGACCAACUGAGAAUGAGGUAUGAAGACCUUAAGAAAGAAGUGGAAGCUAAAAAUACAAGAAACAUUGGCCCCACUCCAAGAGUUUCCUCCCCUAUUCAAGUUUAAGCUGCAAAUUUGUGUGAUUUAAUUAAUAACAUGAUAGUAAUAGUUACUGGAUUAUGUAUAUAUAUAUAUAUGAGUAGAUUAUUGGUCAUAGAUAUCUUUAUCUAGGAAAAUGAAUUAUUCAAAGUAUUAUAUAUGGCAUUAAAGCAUUCCUUAUUUAAUUGAAAGCCUGCUUGAAACUUGCAGAAUGUUAGCUAUAGUCUUUGAACUUAGUUUCCCAGUUCAAACAUAACCAGGUGAUAAUGUUAUUCUUAUUUUUAAAAACAUCCUUUAAUAAUUGUGAACCUGCUUAAAAUAUGCAGAAUCUACCAACAUGACUCUCAUCUUCAAACAUAAACCUAGAAAGGUUUUUAGCAUAUUAAAUGUUGUGUGUAAUACUAAACAACCUUUAAAUAAGUUUCAGCAUGUUUGAAGCAGUCAAAAUGUAAAUGCAUUUCUAUGUUCAAAAUUCCGAUUUGUAUAUCAAAUCAGAGAUAUUGUCUGGAAAUUUUCAGUGUAUUUCCAAGUUGAAGUAAAGUUGUAGGUUUCAUUCUCACCAUAUCAUUUUAACAUUAUGGGGCCAAAGCUGUCAACAGUAGCAUGAAAUCUCUUUACGAAGUAUCCUCUUUGAGCAAGAAUCAUAUUGCAAACAGUAUUGCCACUUCUGUACUAAAUGCUUUAAAAUCUUUUUAAUUCAAGUUUUGGUUGAUAAAUUAGGUAAUGUUUGAAAAUUAAUCUCAUUAUUUAGAAUAAAAAGCAGCUCUUUUUUUUCUAUUUUUUUGGGCUAUAUACUUUUGUACAAGAGUUUGAAGACACAACAUACUAUAUCCAAUGUAGUUUUGUUUGAAAAUAUAGAAUAUGGUAAUCAAAAGAAUAAAUAACACACACCCCUUUUUUUUUCUUACUUGUCCCUGUUUUACAAUAUAAAUCUACUUUUGACUAAACUCAUAAAUAUAGUUUUAUGUAAAACAGUUAAGACCCAUAUAUUUUCAAUGUCUCCAAGUUUUUUUUUAUAGGUACAGUAUUUUACCAAAAUAAAAACCUAAAACAUCAUUGAUUUAUCCCACAUCAGUAGGUACAUUUGUACUGUUUUUGUGCAUGUUUUAACUUAUGAAGUGUUGUUUUUUUUUAUUUGAAUUUAACAUUUUUAAUACUUUUAUUAGCUUCAGUUUUCCCUCAUAAAUAAAGUUGAAACCAUCAUGUCUUCAGUAACACAUUUUCUUAUAAUAUUUUAUGUUUUAGUGUAAUUAUGUUUAUCAUUAGACAUUGCUUCUUUUAGUAUCACAAACUUCACCAAUCUCUGUUAGUUGCUUCAUUACAAAGUUUCAGCAGCAAAGUCUGACUCAUUGCCAUGCAUUUAAGAAAUCUGAAGUACAAAUCUUGUGCUUGUUUUAUAUAUAUUUGUACUUGCAUAUUUUUUGCAGGGUGAGAAUAAUACUUUUUUUUUUUCAAUAGAUGUUUUUGAGUGCUUUAACAUUGGACUAUAUUUCAGAAUACAUUUAAAGUUUUUGGCAGAACUUUAAUAGUUGAUUCAAAAAUUUAUGUUUUUAUUAUAUUUCUCCAGAAUGGUUUAAUAGUAAUUUAAUUAUUUAGUUUGUACAACACUAUAAAUAAAUUUCCCACAAACGACUGACUUUAACUUGUAGAAAGUACAAGAUGCAUAAUUUCACUGGAAUGUAAGUUAUCAUCACAUAUGUUUCACUAUGUACAUACAUAUCCCACUAGGUUAGCAGUCGGCUUUGGUUUGUCAAUCAACUUAGAUGCUGGAUUUCACACAUUUUAAUAUAUUAUUCUGCAAUUUUUGCUAUAUGGGUCACACACACAUUUUGUAUUAUAGCUCAGUAGCAUAGCUUCAGAAUGUUAAUAAAUACCCAUCAUGAAAACAGAA